AUGGGCAAACGUAAAUUUGUCGCGAUGAGCGAAACGACGGAUGAUUCAGGGACUAGUGGCGAGGAGGACUUUAUCUCACUGAAUUUGGGUGGCGAAGAUGAACCCAAGAGCCGACAAGAACGACGACACCAUGAACGCAAAGAGUCGAAACGAAAAAGAGAAAAAGACGACAGCGAGCAAGAUAAUCUUGUCUGUUGUCCUUGGAUGGAGCUCAUGGACUCCACAGCACCAGAAGCACCGCAUAAAAGAUUACAAAAGGAAGUGGAAUGCUUUCUUCGCUACAUGGAACCUACAGAAGCAGAAAGACAAUUGCGCGAAUACCUUGUGCAUAAAAUUCGUUGGGCCGUUCAGAGCCGCUAUUCCGAAGACGUAGAAGUGCACGUAUUUGGUAGCUUUGGCUCCAACUUGUAUCUUCCCAACAGUGACAUUGACGUCGUCGUCUGUACACCUCCUCAUAUUCAAGUGACGUUACGUAAUCUGGCGAGAGUUCUGGAAAACGCCGGUGUAUGCAGCUCACCCCAAGUGAUUGAAAAAGCAAUGGUGCCUGUCAUCAAAUUCAGGGAUCUGUUGACGGAUUUGCCUGUGGAUAUCGUGAUUGAUUCCACGUCUGGUUUGGGCAGUGGUAAGGUGAUUCGUCAAAUGAUGAAAAAGCAGCCGGCGCUGCGUCCAUUGACGCUCAUCAUUAAACACUUUCUUGCGCUUCAUGAUCUGAAUGAGGUGUUCACGGGAGGUAUUGGCGGCUAUGCCACUGUCUGUCUCGUUAUGAGCUUUCUCCAGAUCCAUCCAAAAUUGGCUUCAGGAAGAAUGAAAGCUGAAAAUAAUCUGGGUGUGUUGUUGCUGGAUUUUCUUCAGCUGUAUGGCCAUCACUUUAGCAUGGAUACGGUCGGAAUCUGCCCCAAAACUGCUUCUUAUUUCCAAACGAAUGGACGCAAUUUAUCCAUGCGAGGUCAUCGGCAUUAUUUCUCAAUCCGUGAUCCUGAUUGUCUAUCAAAUGAUUUGGGAUGCAAAUCCUUCAAUUCAUAUCAUGUACGAUCCAGUUUCAAUUAUUCCUAUCUGGUACUUUCGCGCAAGAUGUUCCAGAUGUAUGCCGAUUGGCAGGGAAAGAGAGACCGAUGUGGGGUCACGGAAGAGAAAUUCAAGAGGGUCAACUGGGAUGCGUCCUUGCUGGGCUCCAUACUGACCGUGUCGAUGAACGUGAUGGAUCAACGGGAACGGAUACACAGGGUUUAUACCGACAAAUCAUGGCUAAGAGAAGAAGCGGCAAGCACGUUUAAGUUGAACCAAGAAAAAUGCUAA